GGAGACCGCAGGCAUCCACGAAAUGGCAUGGUGUGGUUUGCCGAUGCGGACUACAUCUCCCAUCAGGCCAUGCGCAGUAUAACAGGCCUCCCUCAGGUGGCGCCGGAGCAUUGUGGGAUUGGAUGAGUCUCAAGAUGGACAACCGGGAUGUUGCAGGAAAGGCUAACCGAUGGUUUGGAGUUGCUCCUCCUAAGUCUGGAAAAAUGAACAUGAACAUCCUUCAUCAAGAAGAGCUCAUUGCUCAGAAGAAACGGGAAAUUGAAGCCAAAAUGGAGCAGAAAGCCAAGCAAAAUCAGGUGGCCAGCCCUCAGCCCCCACAUCCUGGCGAAAUUCAAAAUGCACACAACUCUAAUGUUUCCAACAAGUUUGCUAAUGACGGCAGCUUCUUGCAGCAGUUUCUGAAGUUACAGAAGGCACAGACCAGUACAGAUGCCCCCCCCAGUGCACCUAGUGCCCCACCUCGUGUGCUCCCCCGCACUGGGAAGAGGCCACCCCUCAUCAGCAGCCCUCUGGGCCAGGUGAAGAACUAUGUGCAUGCCAAGCAGCUGCCUGUGGCCAGCCGCCCAAGUGUCUUCCAGUCUCCUGAUGAGGACGAGGAGGAGGACUAUGAGCAGUGGCUGGAGAUCAAAGUUUCACCCCCAGAGGGAGCCGAGACUCGGAAAGUGAUAGAGAAAUUGGCCCGCUUUGUGGCAGAAGGAGGCCCCGAGUUAGAAAAAGUAGCUAUGGAGAACUACAAGGAUAACCCGGCGUUUUCGUUUUUGCACGAUAAGAAUAGCAGGGAAUUCCUCUACUACAGAAAGAAGGUGGCUGAGAUAAGAAAGGAAGCACAGAAGUUGCAGACAGCCUCUCAGAAAGUUUCACCCCCAGAGGACGAAGAGGUCAAGAACCUCGCAGAAAAGUUGGCCAGGUUCAUAGCAGAUGGGGGUCCCGAGGUGGAAACCAUUGCCCUCCAGAACAACCGCGAGAACCAGGCAUUCAGCUUUCUGUAUGAACCCAACAGCCAAGGGUACAAGUACUACCGCCAGAAGCUUGAGGAGUUCCGGAAAGCCAAGGCUGGUCCCACAGGCACCCCCACAGCACCUGACCUUUGCCUGAAGCGCAGAUCUCCUCCUGAGACUCCAUUGGGGUCCAUGCCCACUGCCACUACAUGCCCCACCUCAUCUGCCCCCUUGCCCGCCGUCAGCCCGUCUCCAGCUGCCCCAGGGAAGCUCGCCACCACAGCCACUAUGAAGAGGAAACGAAAGAGCCGGUGGGGGCCUGAAGAAGACAAGGUGGAGCUUCCACCCGCCGAGCUGGUGCAGAGGGAUGUGGAUGCCUCUCCCUCGCCUCUGUCAGUUCAGGACCUCAAGGGCCUCGGCUACGAGAAGGGGAAGCCUGUGGGUCUGGUGGGUGUCACAGAGCUGUCAGACGCUCAGAAGAAGCAGCUGAAGGAGCAGCAGGAGAUGCAGCAGAUGUACGACAUGAUCAUGCAGCACAAGCGCGCGAUGCAGGACAUGCAGCUGCUGUGGGAGAAGGCACUGCAGCAGCACCAGCACGGCUACGACAGUGACGAGGAGGUGGACAGCGAGCUGGGCACCUGGGAGCACCAGCUGCGGCGCAUGGAGAUGGACAAGACUCGGGAAUGGGCAGAGCAGCUGACGAAGAUGGGCCGGGGUAAGCACUUCAUCGGGGACUUCCUGCCACCAGACGAGCUGGAGAAGUUCAUGGAGACCUUCAAGGCACUGAAGGAGGGCCGUGAACCUGACUAUUCAGAGUACAAGGAGUUCAAGCUGACAAUAGAGAACAUUGGCUACCAGAUGCUGAUGAAGAUGGGCUGGAAGGAGGGCGAUGGGCUGGGCUCAGAGGGCCAGGGCAUCAAGAACCCAGUCAACAAGGGCACCACCACGGUAGAUGGUGCUGGCUUUGGCAUUGACCGGCCAGCUGAACUCUCCAAGGAAGAUGACGAGUAUGAGGCCUUCCGCAAGAGGAUGAUGCUGGCUUACCGCUUCCGGCCCAACCCCCUGAACAACCCAAGGCGGCCUUACUACUGAGUACUCUGGAGAAACGCACAAAUGUACUUUCCAAAAGACCAACCGUCCCUGGACUGUGGAGUCUUCUGGCCUGCACUUCUGCCCGCCCUUGUGUCGAGUGUCGUGCUGUGUAUUAAAAUUCCAGUGCUUGCCUGCUGUGGCAGCCUGGUCUUGCCAUCACCAGAAA